UUCAACUUCCGGUUACAAAGAAAACAUGGCGGCGCCCUUGCAAAUGUCAUGUUGCUGAUGUCGGUGGUGAUUUUAGGAAGCGGAUCGUAAUUUCUCGUGAAAAAGAUACAAUUUCAAGCCUAUAUACAAAGUGAAUCGAUAUUUUUGAGGACUAAAACAGAACGAUGGUCCAUCUGUCAUCAUUAUUACUGAAAAAGUACCACGGAGGUCAUGUGGUUAUCCGCCUGGCGCUUGGUGGCGCCACCAACAGACCGUUUUACCGUAUAGUGGCUGCCUACAACAAAAGGGCACGAGAUGGCAAAUACAUCGAGCAGCUGGGAUCAUACGACCCUCUCCCCAACAUCUACAACGAGAAGCUCGUCAGCUUCAACUACGACAGAAUCAAGUACUGGAUGGGAUGUGGAGCUCAUCCCACCAAACCCGUGGCCAAACUUUUGGGACUGGCUGGAUUUUUCCCGCUGCAUCCCAUGACGAUAACAGAGGCAGAACGGCGGAAAGCAGCAGCUUUGAAACAGGAAGUGAAAACCGAGGAGGAAGAUGAAGAAGAAAAGCAGGCAGAACAGUAGCAUUUACUAUUAAUGCCUAAAACAACCUUCUUUCUUUUCCAUCAUCAUUUUAAAAAGAACUCUGCUUACACUCACUUGAUAUAAUGAGAGACUGUGGAGGCUGUGACUCGUCUUGAUGGCCUAAUGUUUUUUUUGUUUUUUUUUAAGUUUCAGUUAAACUGAACAGUAAUGCUAAUAAAUCUCAUCAAAAUGUGAAGAGCUUUUGUGAGAAAAUAAAAAUGUUGUGUUUUUGUCCCACA